GUUUUAGAUAUUUAAAUUGUUAUUUUAAACAUAAAAUGAUAUACAACAAAUUUGUUGAAAUUGGCCGAGUAGUUUAUAUUACAAAAGGCAAGGAUAAAGGAAAGCUGGCGGUUAUUGCUAAUGUUAUUGAUGGAAAUAAGGCUCUUAUUGAUGGACCUUCUUCCGGUGUUCGCCGUUGUGUUUGCAACUUUAAAGACAUGCAAUUGACGAAAUUCAAGAUAAAUAUUCGUGUUGGCCAGCGCACAAAAAAUCUUGGCAAGGCCUAUGAUGACGCUGAGAUCAACAAGAAAUGGGGGGAAACUGAAUUGGCUAAACGUCUUGCUCGAAAGAAAUUGCGUGAAAAUCUCACAGACUUUGAGCGUUUCAAGGUGUUCAAAGCAAAGCAGCACCGGAACCGUUUGAUUCGUGAGGAGAUGGGAAAGUUGAAAAAGGCCGCUAAAACUGAAUAAAAGACAAGAAAUUAUGUUUUUUGUGAGAGGUUGUUGUGUGUUA